AUGACGCCGAUAAAGGAAGAUGAUCGAGAUCAACCUCGGAGAAAUGAAUUGGACGAGCUGAGUCACAUGGAGCAACUGGCCAAGUGGAUUGUUAAUGUUCGUCGAAAGAAGCUACAAUGCCACAGAACUCUGAAGCGUAAUCUUCGAAUGGAGGCCGUGCUGACUCAUGCCUUACGCAACGCGGAAUACGAAUACCGAGCUAAACAGUUGUCGAGGGUAAGUCGCUGGCGGCGAUUAAGAGGACAGCUUCUCAAGGAUAUGGAGUACGGGAGUUGUGGUUUGUACAAUGCAGCUGAACAUCGAGAAGUCGAAAAGCAACACAAUGUCUCAAGAAAGUAUAAACUUUCACAGGAAUCUUGGCAGGAAGAACUUAGCAGCUUGGAUAACUUCCUGCAACAAUUAGGCCAGAUAAAGUCUGUUGUGCAGCGGUGACGAGAUUCAAAAAGUUUAUGGAUUCUCCAAUCAUCGUUGUAGCAAACAAGACAUUUGUGGAAUCUACGGAGCAAUGAAGCCCAAUUUUUUUUUUCGAGGCCAAUCUUGAUCCAGAUUUGUCAUUGGAUGCGGAGCGGAGAAACCUUCAGCGAUUGCUCAUACUAUUAUAUUUACUGAUCAUGGAUAAUGGAUCAUUGGGUCAUGGAUAAUUGCUAAGCAACUUGACAAGGUAAAGUCAGUUGUGCAGCGACUAAAUUUAAAAAGAUUAUGGUUUUUCCAAUCAUCAUUGAAGCAAGAUGUCUGUGGAGUUUAUGGAACAAAGAAGCUCAAUCUUUUGAUCCAGACUCAUCAUAGGAUGUUGAGCGAAGAGGCCUAUCAGCAACUAUAUAUAUCGCUAUAAUUUCUAAUAACAUGAUUAACCAAUCUUUUGUUUCUUCUCUUACUCAAAGAAACAAUGAAGAGAAUUGCUCAUAUGCCAAGAUUUGGGAAAUCUAUUGUUAAUAGCAUCAAUGUAUCUUGCCUGUAAACUUGGCGAAAUCUUUGUGAUCAAAUGGAGAUGUUUUGACCUACUUUUAUUAUUGAUGAGUAGACCUGGAAAAUCCACAAUAGAUAUUACACAUUAUGUUGAGAAUCUCUGAAGCCUUCUAAAGAGAAAGAAGAAAUUUUUCCAGCAGCAAGAAGAUGAUGAGAGUUUUUAAAGAAAUCUAAGCAGUAUUUAGGCAGCAUUGCGGCAAUUUUUGCAGUCUGAUACUUAUCCUAGUAUAUAUCUAGAUGUUUUUUACUUACAGUGUCAUCAUUUGAGAUGGCAAUGGAUAUGGAUGGACAGGAAAAGAGGGAUAAAAAGAAAAGAGGAGAGGGAUAAAAAAAGAGAAAAAAAAAAGUUGCUAUAAGA